AUGGCUGAAUCCUCACGCAUGAACCGCCGACUCCCGCGCGCCGCGACCUUCGCCUUCGAGGGUCGUCGGAACUCGAUCUCGGACUCGCUCUCAGAAGCGCGUAAUUCAAUCCGAUCAUCAACAGAUGAACUACUUCUACCCCGUGUAGCAAAAGACCAAGAUGAAGUAUCCGAAUCACAUUGGCAUUCUGCACCACUGGGACUGGCCCUGUUGCCAGCGAUCGCCGGCAUCUUCUUCCACGAAGGCAGUGCUUUUGUCACUGAUGUCACAUUGCUAGUUCUGGCCGCCAUAUUUCUCAACUGGUCUGUCCGGUUGCCUUGGGACUGGUACCGCUCGGCCCAGGCCAUCCGACGUGAAGGUGGAUUCCAAGCGCCCGUCGAUCAAACCCCAUUUCAGGAUCCGGAGCUAGAAGAUGAUGAAACUACAGAAUCAUCACAUCAACAUCAACCCUCACCUCAGAGCUCUACAGCAGCAAAAGCAGCAGCAGAAGCAAGUACCGAGCUCCAACUCCACGAGCUCGCCGCCCUAUCCGCCUGCUUCAUCUUCCCCGUAAUCGGCACCUGGCUCCUCCACGCCAUCCGCUCCAGCCUCUCAAGACCAUCAGAAGGCCUGGUCUCAAACUACAACCUAACCAUCUUCCUACUCGCCUCCGAAGUGCGACCCGUCGCACACCUCCUAAGACUAAUCCAGAAACGCACCCUGCAUCUGCAACGCAUCGUAGCAUCCACCCCAGAACCCUUCACCAACCCAACAACAAUAAAAGACGUAACGAAGCGUCUGGAAGAACUGGAAGCGCACAUCGCAGAAACCGCCCUCUCCAAUCCAUCAUUCCAGGAGAAAGGAACAGAAAAAGGAAAAGAAAAAGAAGACCGUCCCCUCUCUCCAAAAGAACAACCCGACUCCACACCCUCCGGGCCCUCCCUCGUCACCCAGACAGUAACCGAAACCCGCAAAUCCAUCCAACCAGACAUCGAAGCCCUCAACCGCGCCGUGCGCCGCUACGAAAAGCGCUCCGUCCUCUUCUCCCUGCAGACGGAUCAGCGCUUCGCGAAUCUCGAAGCGCAGACCGCCGACGCGCUUACUCUUGCUGCUGCUGCGCGGCGGUCUGCGACGUCGCGCCGGCGGAAUUAUGCCCUCGUCCUGCUGGACUGGGCUUGUGCGUGUGUCGUUGUUCCGGCGCAGAUUGCAUGGUCGGUUGUAAGCUUGCCUGGCUGGGUUUUGGCGGGUUGCAUGGAUGCGGUGAAGCGCAGACUCCCUUGGAAGGAUGCGCAGUCGCGUUCGAGGCCUAAGGCGGGUUCGAAGGGGAGGACUGUGGCUGGGUCUCAGGGUGGUUAUCGGCAGAGUGGUGGGUCGAUGCAGAGGCGGUCUGUGAAGAAUGGGGAGGGGAUGGGGUGA